AUGGCUGUGAUUGGAAUUGGUGCAGAGAAUUCCAAUGAUGAAGUUACCCAAUACCAAAUGGGCCGCUAUGUCAGUAGUAAUGAAGCAGUUUGGCGAAUAUUUUCUUUUCCUAUUCAUGAGAGACACCCUUCUGUUGUUCACUUAGCUGUGCAUUUAGAAAAUGGACAAAGAGUGUAUUUUACAGCACAGAACGCAGUACAAAGAGCUGCUCAGCCACCAUCUACUACAUUAACCAGUUUUUUUGAGACAAGCCAAAACGAUGAUUUCGCACAAACAUUGCUAUAUUCUGAAAUGCCAAAAUAUUAUACCUGGAAUCAAUCCUCAAGGAGAUUUAUACGACGGAAACAAGGAAAACCAGUUCCAGGAUAUACAGAUGUAUAUUCCACCGAUGCGAUUGGCCGGAUUUAUUCAGUACAUCCAAGCAAUGAUGAAUGUUUUUAUUUACGACUGCUAUUAGUCAAUGUACGUGGCCCAACAUCAUUCCAACAGUUACGAACUGUUGAUGGUGAAUUGUGUGGAUCCUACAGAGAAGCCUGUCAACGUUUGCAAUUGCUUGAAAAUGACGCUCAUUGGGAUCAAACUCUCAAUGAUGCUGUAAUAUCAUCACACGCUCAUCAAAUACGAACAUUGUUUUCUAUAAUCAUACCUACAUGCUUCCCAUCAAACCCAAUUGAUUUGUGGAUCAAGUACAAAGAUUAUAUGUGUGAUGAUAUUUUGUAUCAAAUACAGAAUAGAAUGGGAAAUCCAAAUAUACAAAUCAGUGAAGAAAUUUACAAUGAAGCAUUGAUUUCAAUUGAGGACAUGUGCUUGAUAAUGUCAAACAAACUAUUAAUUCAAUUAGGCCUGACCGCGCCCAAUCGUCCAAUGCAUGACGCUUUUAACCAAGAGUUGCAUCGAGAAAGACUGUAUGAUCUCAACGCUUUGAAAGAAUUAAUUCAAACAAAUCUUCCACUGUUAAAUGAACAACAGAAGUAUGUAUUUGAAACUCUUAUGAAUGUAACAAAUGAUGAAACUGGAGGGAUUUACUUCUUAGAUGCACCUGGUGGUACAGGAAAAACUUUUUUGAUUUCAUUAAUAUUAGCAACAAUUCGCUCACAAAAUAAAAUUGCACUUGCACUCGCUUCGUCGGGAAUCGCAGCAACUUUGCUUGAAGGUGGUCGAACAGCCCUAAAAUUGCCAUUAAAUAUGCAAAGCAAUGAAACUGCAACCUGCAACGUUUCGAAGAACUCUGCAAUGGCAAAGGUUUUUCAGCAAUGUAAAUUGAUUGUUUGGGAUGAAUGCACGAUGGCACAUAAAAAAUCUUUGGAGGCUUUGGACAGAACCUUAAAAGAUCUACGGAGCAAUAAUAACCGAUUUGGUGGUGCAAUGAUUUUAUUAGCAGGAGAUUUUCGUCAAACAUUGCCGGUGAUUCCACGAUCAACGCCAGCUGAUGAACUCAAUGCAUGUCUAAAGUCCUCCAGUUUGUGGAAACAUGUCAAAGUACUUCAUUUAAGCAAGAAUAUGCGUGUCGAGUUGCAAAAUGACCAAUCUGGAAACAUAUUCUCUAAACAACUCAUUGACAUUGGUAAUGGCAAAUUUCCUAUAGACAUGUUGACUGGCUGCAUUAACUUUCCUCAAAGUUUUUGUCAGUUAACUCGAUCAAAAGAUGAACUUAUUCAGAAGGUGUUUCCAGAUGUUUCUCAAAAUUACAGAAACCAUGACUGGUUGAGCGAACGAGCUAUACUGGCUGCAAAAAACAUAGAUGUAAAUGAAUUAAAUUUCAAAAUUCAAGAACAAAUUACAGGCGAAUUGAGGAUAUAUAAAUCAGUUGAUUCGGCUACUAAUCAAGAUAAUGUAGUCAACUAUCCACCGGAAUUUUUAAACUCGCUGGAUUUGCCAGGAUUGCCACCUCACAAUCUUCAAUUAAAGGUUGGAUCGGUGGUUAUAAUGUUGCGAAAUAUCAACCAACCGCGUCUUUGCAACGGCACACGGUUAGCGAUGAAAAAAUUACUAAACAAUGUGAUAGAAGCAACUAUACUCAAAGGAAAGUAUAAAGGAGAAGAUGUUCUCAUACCGCGCAUCCCAAUGAUUCCGACUGAUGUGCCAUUUGAGUUUAAACGACUACAGUUUCCGGUGCGUCUUGCUUUUGCUAUGACUAUAAACAAGUCCCAGGGGCAAUCAUUAAGUGUUUGUGGUAUUAAUCUAGAAAACCCAUGUUUCUCACAUGGUCAAUUGUAUGUUGCCUGUUCCCGUGUUGGAAAACCAUCAGAUUUGUUUAUCUAUGCGCCAGGUAAUCAAACAAAAAACAUCGUAUACCACAAAGCACUACAAUGA